AUGGUGCGCACAAAAGUUUCUCGUGCGGCUACAAAGCGGGGCCAAAACAGUUCCGAUUCGAAGCUGUACAUCGAAAUGAAGCUGCGAGAUUUCGACGUUAUCUCGGAUUGCCAUUUGACCAAUAUUGAGCUGAAAUAUCAGAACGAUAUGGAUAAACUGAACCGUGCGUUUGAGGUUUUGCGUUCCCGUAUACCGAAAAAUCUGCUUUCACUCACCAUGGGAGAAUUGCGUGCAAUGCAAAAAGCAACUGAAGAACUGAACACCUCAGCUCCACUUAACCAAACAGUGAGCGCAAAUAUGAGCGCACUGCUGGAGAAAUCUUGCCGCAAAAAGUCGAAAGAUGAUGGUUACCUUACAGAGGAAAGCGAACAUGGCGAUACGUACCGGGUCGGGUCGCUAAUGCCCUCGUCGAAGGCACGCUUUGGUCCACUGAUGUCAGCUAGAAUACGGCGACGCAGCAAAUCGACCAGUUCCAUCACGACGCCCCACGUGAACCGUUCACUAUUCACUGUACCGCAAAGUGCGAUGGUUGGAAAAACGCAAACACUCAUCGGCUCGGCCCUUAAAGCACAGGUACCGCGUACCGAACGUGCUUCACGAUCGAAGCAAAAAACCUCGCCCGUGCAACGCCCGAAGGCGAUCAGUGCCGACCGAGGUUACGGGGUGAUAACACCAAAGGUACAGCCGUAUGCUGCACUAGCAAUGAUGCGGCAUGCGAAACAAGGGGAAUCUGUAUUCUCUAUUACCGGUAGCCCUGUUGUUACCGCCAAUAUGCUCGAAUCAAGUGCAAACGUUAACAUUCCCGUGUUGAACGGUAUGCUUGCCAUCAGACCAACCGAGCUGGAUGUUGUCGAUGAAUCGCUGCUACGUAAGAUCGAUCCGAACGUGCUGCUUGAGCUAAAGCAGCUACAAAGCAAUUUGGACAAAAUUAUGAGCACUCUCAAUAUCUCCUGA